AUGGCAUCAUCGUCAUCAUCACCACCACCACCACUCACCGCAGCCUCUUUCUCCCCCCUCCUCCCCAUCCUCAACGCCUUCAACCACCGCCACCACAACCAGCACCGCCUCGCCCACUGGUGGCCCGUCUUCCGCUCUCUGCGCCGCACAAUCCGCAACCUCAUCGACGAUCUCUCGCCUUCCGCAUCGCUCUCUGCACGCCCAACUCCUCGUCGUGAAACUAUCCCUCCUCGUGCAAUCUGGCUAAACAAGCACUUUAUCCCCAGAGCAUACGUGUACGUCCACCUCUACUCUCCUCCCAAUGCAAACAUAAAUUUACCAAAUCUCAUACAACACAGGGCAUUCUCCCAACUCGCCGCCGACAACCAACACGCCCCCCUUGGCCUCCUCCUCCUCGCCAUCCUCGCCCGCAUUCACACCGCCCUCUCUCCCCUCUCAAAUGACAGCUCCAUCCCCAAUCCACAACCAAAAACCAAUCGCGCCAAUGACCUCGCAAACCAAGACAAGGGCGUAGCAAUAGCUCGCCAGGAACUGCCUUCAGCCACUUCAACAGAACGUAUGUUAUCGAGUGAGCAGCAGCAACAAGGCAGUCCAAUCGACCGCGAAGCCACAAAACCGCCCAAGAGCAAACUAAAAGCAUCCCCAUCAUCAUCAUCAAUAUCAAAAGACAAGAAGAAAAAGAAAAAAGGCAAAGGAGACGCACUAUCCAGCCUCUUUGGCUCUCUGGCAUAA